CUCAAGGGAAAUAUCUGGCCGUCUCUAUCUCAAUUUAGUAGGCUGCGUGGGAAAACAGCACCUGGGUGGGUAUUGUGUAUGAAAUAGACGGCUCGGCGGGGUAUACCACCACCCCAGUCAAUACAUAAAUACCGCGUCAGGGUUGUUUUACCACUUCAUGUCGUCCUUGUACCAAGAUCUUAAAAAAUCUACAAUUGGCACACGUCUUCGUUCAUGCUACAUCCACUCCUGAUGAUCGAUUAUGCAUCGCGAGGGGCAGCUCGAUCUCUGCAGUUCCGCCUUCCAGUGCUUAGAACUCCCUCUCAUAAUUACCGCAAGCAGGUGGAUAAGCCCGGAAGCUGCUCUGUUGUCUGGAUCUCUGAAAAUAGCACGACAGUACUCAAGGCGCCUUUAGCUUUCCAUCUUGAUGGAUGCGACGAUGCAGUUACAAUGGAGUAUCGGAGCUGUGAGAAAGAGUCAGUUGAGCUGCUAGAACGGGAAAAGGAGAUAUAUAUGCAUCUUGGCGAGCAUAAAGGCAUUCUUCCAUGCUUCCAAAGCACCGAUUCUGGGCUGGUAUUUCCGUACUUGAAGAACGGCAAUCUUCGGCACUUCCUGUGCAAUUCUGCGGAACUGAUCGUCUUCUCUAUGAGGCUUGACUGGAUCCAGACGGCUUUGAGAAGUAUUCAGUAUAUCCAUUCCAAAGGGGUCCUUCAGGCCGACAUCAGCGCCCGCAACUUUCUUGUAGCCGACGAUCUGUCACUCUGCCUUUGUGACUUUUCUGGUUCAAUGAUCGGGGCACGGAAGAAUUUGGUGCGGCCAGAGACUCGUUACGAAAAGUUUGAGGGCACAGAGCCAGUCGAUAUCUCAGUUCGCACAGAGAUUUUCGCCGUUGGGAGUCUCAUCUAUGAGAUUAGCACCGGAAAAAGACCAUAUGAUGAACUUGAAGACGGUGAAGUCGAGCAUCUUUUCAGGCAGGGAGUGUUUCCGACAACCAGCAGCCUGUAUUUCGGCGGGAUUAUCAAUAACUGCUGGUUAGGGCAUUACAAGACGGUGGCAGAAAUCUUGCAUGCCGGCCCAUUUACUGAGGGCACGCCAUGCCUGCCCAAGUCUGGCUAGCAAGGAUAUGCAUGCUUCCCUUGGAAGUGUAUCGCUAAGAGAGUUCUAUAGACAUGUAGCGUGUAAUAGCUAAUUCCUCCCUGACGAAUAUAGAUCACAACACGGGGAGAAAAUGUGACAGUCGGGAGAGGGCUUAGUAGUAGAGGAAGAGAUUUCAAAGGUUAAUCAAAGAGGAUAGUAGAGGUUAGAUAGUUAUAGAUAGUGAAUGAACGCAAGAGUCGUAGAGGAGCUGGG